AUGAUUGACUUCACGGGACUCUACGCCUUGUGCGUCUCCCACUUCUUCAUGCUCUUUCGACGCGUCUUCGUACCGACAGCUACCCUGGGUGUAGGUGUUCUCAGUGCCCCGAGCGGCUUCCCAGCUACAGGAAACGGUCUCUGGUAUACGACUGCUGCUGGCACUUGGUCCAAGAAUUGGCUGCCUAUUGGGAAUGGCUACCUUGCUGCAAUGGUCCCCGGUGGAACGCAUGUCGAGGUUACCCAGUUAAAUAUUGAGUCCCUGUGGAGCGGUGGACCAUUUUCUGAUCCAACGUAUAAUGGCGGGAACAAAGACCCGUCACAGCAGGCUUCGUUGGCAAAUUCAAUGCAGCAAAUCAGGGACACCAUAUGGACAAGUCCAAUUGGCGAGAUUGCAGACAUCGAUGUUCUCGGCGUCGAUGCUGUCGCGUACGGAUCCUACGCUGGCGCUGGACAUCUAAUCACCACCCUCAAUAUCACCGACAGCGUGACCGCGAACUAUACCCGAUGGCUUGAUCUCGACCAAGGCGUUGCUAGGACUUCGUGGACGCAGGACGAUAUUUCAUACCUCCGUUCAUCAUUUUGCUCUCAUCCGAGCAAAAUAUGUACUCAACAUCUGACUACAACAAGCAACUCGACCCUCCCCGCUCUGUCUUACGCCUUCACCGCUUCCAUCGAAAGCGGGUUGCCACAAGUGAACGUGUCGUGUCUUGAUGGUACGAAUAACGCACUUGUUGUUCAAGGUGUUGUUGCGGAACCGGGAAUGGCAUAUGAAUUUAUUGCGUGGGCCGAGUCCGACACAGGUGCAACGACCUGUAUUCCUAACGGGACAAACGCGACCCUCGUCGUGGAUGGAGCCAACGAAGCCUGGAUCUCAUGGAUUGGAGAUACCGAGUUUGACCAGGAUGCCGGAAAUCAGGCGAACGCGUUCUCCUUUAAGGGUGCCGAUCCGCAUGAGAAGUUACUUCCUCUCUUCAACAAAACUUCAUCGGUAUAUGCGGAUGUCUGGAAGGAACAUCUUGAUGAUUAUACCACGUUGAUGGGCUCCUUCACACUGGACCUGGGUCAAACCGUAGAUCUGGAGAACCCGACAGAUGUGCUGAGGGCAGCGUAUCAGGUCGGCGUUGGAAAUACUUACCUGGAGUGGCUGGCAUUCAAUUUUGGGAGGUACUUGUUGGCUGGUAGUGCGAGGGGACUUCUACCGGCGAAUUUACAAGGCAAGUGGGCAGAUGGAUUGAGUAACGCCUGGGGAGCAGAUUAUCAUUCCAAUAUUAAUAUUCAGAUGAACUACUGGAUCGCUGAAGCCAGCGGAAUGAACGUAACUGCUUCGUUGUUUGACUACUUUGAGAAAAACUGGGCGCCCAGAGGAGCUCUCACGGCGCAGGUCUUGUACAACAUUUCUCGAGGAUGGGUAACACAUAAUGAGAUGAAUAUUUUCGGACACACGGGAAUGAAAGCUGGCGAUGCACAGUGGGCUGAUUACCCUGAAUCGAAUGCGUGGAUGAUGGUUCACGUGUGGGACCAUUUUGAUUAUACCCAGGACGUAGCGUGGUGGCAGGCGCAGGGGUGGCCCUUGAUCAAGGGUGUAGCUAGUUUCCAUCUAGACAAACUGAUUGAGGACGAGUACUUCAAGGACGGCACGCUUGUCACAGCCCCAUGUAAUUCGCCAGAACAAGUUCCUAUUACCCUUGGUUGUGCUCACGCGCAACAACUGAUCUGGCAGCUAUUCAAUGCCGUGGAGAAAGGGUACCCUUUCUCUGGUGACAACGACCCGGCCUUUUUGGCGGAGGUACUGGACAAACGGUCGAGAAUGGAUAAAGGUAUCAAAGUGGGAAGUUGGGGGCAAUUGCAAGAAUGGAAGAUUGAAAAGGAUUCACCGACAGAUACCCAUAGACAUCUUUCACAUCUGAUUGGGUUGUACCCUGGAUAUGCCGUUGGGGCUUUCAAUGACUCGGUUACAAAUGUCACGGCGGACCAGGCAUUAGCCGCUGCAACGGUCAGCUUGAUUGCAAGAGGCAAUGGAACAGGUCCAGAUGCAGAUGCGGGCUGGGAGAAGGCAUGGCGUUCCGCGUGCUGGUCUGCGUUGAAGAAUGCGUCGCAGGCGUGGUGGGAGUUGACUUACACGAUCGACAGAGACUUUGGCCCGAACUUGUUCAGCUUGUACGACCCCUCGAGUUCGGAUCCAAUUUUCCAGAUCGACGCCAAUCUCGGUUUACCGGGUGCUCUGAUGAACAUGCUUAUCCAGUCACCUGACGUUGCUUCUCGGAACGACACCUUGCUCAUCAAGAUUCUGCCUGCGUUGCCCCAGGCGUAUGCCGCAAGAGGUCGCGUAACUGGGGCACGCGUCAGGGGUGGGCUGGACGUUUGGUUUGAAUGGGCAGAUGGACUUGUUGGGAGAGUAGAUGUUGAUAUGGCGAGGGUAGGCGUCUUCAGUGAAGGUAGGAAGGUGCGAGUCGAAGUAGGUGCCAAUGGUGACGUCAAGGGCGAAUUUGUACUUCAGAGUGGAGGAAGGGUUACAUUGACUUGAAGGUUUGAUUUAAUAUGGAUAUUAUAUGGGUAGCAGUGGUUCGGACACGUACUAAUGACAUGCAAUGAAUGUACUGGCCACAAAUGCAAGGUG